AUGACUGGCGAAUCAAUACUUCAUGCCACUACGGACUCUGAGAACUCAGAUUCUAAGAAUAUGGACGAGGCUCGAGCUGAGGUUGACGGAGACUUUGAGAACAAGUCGAAUAGGGAUCGCAAUGCCGAUACCUCUAGCUCUAGGACUGAUGAGGAGCCCGAGAAGCAGUCUCUUUCCGAAUCCCAAGUCAGUAGUGCUAAAAAUGGGACUAUCGUACCCAAUCUUGCCACCAGUGACGGCCUUGAACGAUCAUUGGGAACACAGCGCCAGAAUCAGUCCACGGCAGAACAGUCGGCACCGGGUAGCACGAUAGAUUCUUCACAAACACUCGAAACUGCGCUUAAGCAUCUCAAACUCGGCGAUGUUAUGACCGGUCUUGCUUCAAAGGGGAAAAAUGUCAAAGACAUGGCGGCCUACAAGUUCUGGGGUACGCAGCCUGUGCCGAAGCUCGGGGCGAGGGAGAAGGUGGUCGAAGAAGGACCAUUCCAAAUUGCUGAUCCAGCCACGGUUCCCUCAAAGCCAUCCUCCCUUAUCGACGGCUUUGAGUGGGUGACGAUGAAUUUGCUCGACGAGGCGGAGCUUGAGGAGGUGUUUACGCUGCUUUCCGGCCACUAUGUUGAGGAUGACGAAGCUCUAUUUCGCUUCAAUUACUCCAAAUCAUUCUUGAAAUGGGCUCUAAUGGCACCGGGCUGGACUUCGGAGUGGCAUGUCGGCGUGCGCGCGACAACUUCCCGCAAGCUUGUAGCCUUCAUCUCGGCCAUCCCCAUGCUCCUCCGCGUUCGUCAGAAGACACUGCACGCCUCCGAAGUCAAUUUCCUCUGCGUUCACAAGAAACUCCGGACCAAGCGUCUUACUCCUGUCCUUAUCAAGGAGAUUACGCGUCGCUGUAAUCUACGCGGCACAUGGCAGGCUAUCUAUACCGCUGGAGUAGUCUUACCCAAACCUAUCAGUACAUGCCGCUAUUUCCAUCGAUCUCUCGACUGGCAGAAGUUAUAUGAGGUCGGAUUCAGCCCUCUGCCACCUAAAAGCAAGCCCUCUUACCAAGUACGGAAGUAUAUGCUUCCUGACAGCACGUCGACAAAAAAUCUACGACCCAUGGCCAUCAACGACAUCGAUGGAGUAUUCAGCCUUUUGAACCGUUACCUCAAGAAGUAUGAGCUCGCGCCCGUUUUUAGCCGGGUCGAAAUCGAACACUGGUUAGUGAACAAGAUCGAAAGUGCGAACGACCAAGUCAUCUGGUCGUAUGUAGUCCAAGACCCUACGACUAACGCCAUCACCGAUUUCUUCUCCUUCUACUGUCUCGAAUCGUCUGUCAUUAACCACUACAGGCACAAGAAUGUUCGCGCCGCAUAUAUGUUCUACUAUGCCACGGAACACGGUCUUUCUGAACAGUUUUCACGCCCGGAAUUCGCUACUCAUCUCAACCUUCUCAUCAAUGACGCCCUUAUUCUAGCCAAAAGCCACCACUUCGAUGUCUUCAAUGCGCUUACCCUCAUGGACAAUAACCUCUUCCUCGAACAGCAAAAGUUUGGUCCUGGCGACGGACAGCUUCACUAUUAUUUGUACAACUUCAAUGCAAAUCCCAUCGCCGGAGGUGUCGAUCAGAAGAACUCUAUUGACGGUCUCAGUGAAGUAGGUGUAGUCAUGCUGUAG